ACGUAUUCGCGACCUCAAGUCGACAACAAUUAAAUUCUUCCGUCCCCAAUGGAUCGUUGGCAGAAUCGUGUGGCCGUUGUAACUGGUGCCAGUUCGGGCAUUGGGUCGGCAGUUGUGCUAGAUCUGGUCAAUGCGGGUCUAACCGUAGUGGGUUUGGCGCGUCGUGUCGAGCGAGUGACCGAGCUAAAGCAGCGGCUGUCGGCAUCGCGACGCGAAAAACUUGUUGCCCUGCAAUGCGAUGUGGGCAGCGAGAGUUCAGUGAAGGCGGCCUUCGAUUGGAUUGAACAGCAUUUGGGUGGGAUCGACAUACUCGUCAAUAAUGCGGGCACACUGCAGCAGGGCCAACUGGUGGACAUGUCCACCUCGGUGGUGCAACAGGUGGUGCAAACGAACAUCAUGGGCGUCAUUUACUGCACCCAGCGCGCCUUCCGCUCGAUGAAGCAGCGUAAGUUCGAUGGCCACAUCGUGCUCAUCAACAGCGUUGUGGGUCACAAGCUGCUGCCACCCCGUGAGGGCCAGGCACCCGAUUUUAAUGUCUAUCCGGCCACCAAACAUGCAGUUACUGCCUUGACCGAAAUGUAUCGUCAGGAAUUUAUGGGUCUGGGCACUCGCGUCAAAAUUACGAGCGUUAGUCCUGGUGCUGUGGACACGGAAAUCAUACCGGAUACUUUUCGGAAUGUUCUUGAUACUCGCAUGCUCAAAUCGGAGGACAUAUCGCAGGCCGUGCUCUUUGCCAUCUCAACGCCAGCCCAUGUCCAAAUACAUGAGAUAAUCAUUAAGCCAGUGGGCGAGUUGUUCUAAUUCGGAUAUACAAGUAGAAGCAAUAUCUGUGCUAAUUGUAAAGGUCCUGAAACAUAUAGGUGUCUGUCUAUCUGUAAAAUUGAUGAACUACUUUAAGCUUGCAAGCUAUUCCCAAAAUUCUUGAAUUGUGUUAUUUCACAAAAUCGAAUUUUAAUUCGCGACUCAUCAACUAACUUAUCCUACCAAUAAUAAUUACAAUUGUUGUUUUUGUUUGA